AUGAUGAACAGCUCGUCCUUCUGUCCAGUUUACAGAGAUCUAGAGCCUUUCACUUAUUUUUUUUAUCUGGUUUUCCUCAUUGGAAUUAUCGGAAGUUGCUUUGCAGCCUGGGCUUUUACACAGACCCCCACAAAUCACAGGUGUGUGAGCAUCUACCUGAUCAACUUGCUUACUGCCGAUUUCCUGCUCACUCUGGCAUUGCCAGUGAAAAUUGUUGUGGACCUGGGUGUGGCGCCAUGGAAGCUAAGGAUAUUCCACUGCCAAGUGACAGCCUGCCUGAUCUACAUUAACAUGUACCUAUCCAUCAUCUUCCUGGCCUUUGUCAGCAUUGACCGCUACCUCCAGCUGAUCCACAGCUGCAAGAUCUACCGCAUCCAAGAACCUGGAUUCGCAAAAAUGAUCUCCACAGUUGUGUGGCUCAUGGUCCUUCUUAUAAUGGUCCCCAACAUGGCAAUUCCCAUCAAACACAUCCGGGAAAAGCCGAAUGUAGGCUGCAUGGAAUUUAAAAAUGAAUUCGGAAGAAACUGGCAUUUGCUGACCAACUUCAUAUGUGUAGCAAUAUUUCUGAAUUUCUCAGCCAUCAUUUUAAUAUCCAACUGCCUUGUGAUUCGACAACUCUACAGAAACAGAGAUAAUGAAAACUACCCAAACGUGAGACGGGCCCUCGUCAGCAUCCUCCUGGUGACGGCGGGCUACAUCGUUUGCUUCCUGCCCUACCACAUCGUGCGGAUCCCGUACACCCUCAGCCAGACGGAGGUCAUCUCUGACUGCUCCACCAGGAUCUCGCUCUUCAAAGCCAAGGAGGCCACGCUGCUCCUGGCAGUGUCCAACCUGUGCUUUGACCCCAUCCUGUACUAUCAUCUCUCAAAAGCAUUCCGCUCUAAGGUCACUGAGACAUUUGCCUCACCUAAGGAGACUAAGGCCCAGAAAGAAAAAACAAGGUCUGAAAAUGAUGUGUAA